CUUUCCAGGUCCCCUCUGCCGGUGAACCGGAUGCUGUCAGUUUCCUCCACUGCGUCCUCGGCCGCUGCACAGGUCCCUGGCGAAGCCGCGGGCACGCACGAGGGCACAGGCAGGGGGCUCCCGGCGGCUGGUCUGGCAGGUGCAGAGCGCCGGUAGGAGCUGGGCGCGCACGGUUACCGAGCGUGGAGGAGACACUGCCCUGCGGCGAUGGGUGCCAAGGGCGCUCCUUCACGCCGAAGACAGGGAGGGCGGCGGCUGAGGUACCUGCCCACGGGGAGCUUUCCGUUUCUCCUGCUUCUGCUGCUCCUCUGCAUCCAGCUCGGGGGAGGACAGAAGAAAAAAGAGAAUCUUUUAGCCGAAAAAGUAGAACAGCUGAUGGAAUGGAGUUCCAGGCGUUCAAUCUUCCGAAUGAAUGGUGAUAAAUUCCGAAAAUUUAUAAAAGCACCACCUCGAAACUAUUCUAUGAUUGUUAUGUUUACAGCUCUUCAGCCUCAGCGGCAGUGUUCUGUGUGCAGGCAAGCUAAUGAAGAAUAUCAAAUACUGGCUAACUCCUGGCGCUAUUCAUCUGCUUUUUGUAACAAACUCUUCUUCAGUAUGGUGGACUACGAUGAAGGCACAGAUGUUUUUCAACAGCUCAACAUGAACUCUGCUCCCACAUUCAUGCAUUUUCCUGCAAAAGGAAGACCUAAGAGAGCUGAUACUUUUGACCUUCAAAGGAUCGGAUUUGCAGCUGAACAACUAGCAAAGUGGAUUGCUGACAGAACGGAUGUUCAUAUUCGAGUCUUCAGGCCACCCAACUACUCUGGCACCAUUGCUUUGGCCCUGUUAGUGUCACUUGUUGGUGGUUUGCUCUAUUUAAGAAGGAACAACUUGGAGUUCAUAUAUAACAAAACUGGUUGGGCCAUGGUAUCUCUGUGUAUCGUCUUUGCUAUGACUUCUGGCCAGAUGUGGAACCAUAUCCGUGGACCUCCAUAUGCUCAUAAGAACCCACAUAACGGACAAGUGAGCUACAUUCAUGGAAGCAGCCAGGCUCAAUUCGUGGCAGAGUCACACAUUAUUCUGGUACUGAAUGCUGCUAUCACCAUGGGGAUGGUUCUUCUAAAUGAAGCGGCAACAUCCAAAGGAGAUGUUGGGAAAAGACGGAUAAUUUGUCUAGUGGGAUUAGGCCUGGUGGUCUUCUUCUUCAGUUUUCUACUUUCAAUAUUUCGUUCCAAGUACCAUGGCUAUCCUUAUAGCUUUUUAAUUAAAUGAAGCCAAGUGGGAUUUCCAUAAAGUGAAUGUUUACCAUGAAGAUAGUGUUCCUGUCAUACUAGUUUCAACUCUUAUGUUCAUUUCCUUGUUUUCUUGUGAUAACCUAGCUUAUUCUUGUAAAAUUUUUUAAAUGUAUGACUUACUAGUAAAUUUAAUUUAUAGAAUUGGAUGGUUAAAUUUAAUAUUAGCACUGGAAAGAACAAAGGGAAACAUUGAAAUGUUUUUUCAAGCAUAUUAUAUUCAGUGUAUGCUGUAGGACUGAAAUAAAUGACAAUGUAAUUAUGAAUCCAUGCAUUAGAACUGUUCACUCAUUAGUAAAGAAAACUACAGUGUUAGUAAGGGAAAUGUAUCUUAAUGAAUUCUUUAGGUUGUACAGUGAUAAGGUAUAUGCAUGAAAAUGUUGUAUACUGAAAAAUGAAACUUACUGCGGUUCCAGUAUAAAGGUUGUGUAUGGUUACAAAUAGUGUUUUGUUCUUAUUAAUCAUAACUAGAUAAAGGUGUAUAGGACAGGGAACUGGAUGAACAGUACCUACAACUUGGAUGCCUGACCUGGGAAAUGGAGGUUCUUCCCAGGUUAUAAAUCGAAAGCAAACAUGCCUAAAUCAAUAUGCCUCAAAGGAAUCAGGUAAUGGAAGCAGCACACCAGAGCUAGGAAUUAAUUCCUCUUCAACUGUAUUGGUGUCAUCCAGGAAUCCAUAUCUGUAAUCACAAAACCAACCUACUAUGGCCAUUCUCCCCUUGUGUUGUAUGGAAAAGCUUGCUAUCCAAACUUCAUUCUGAAUCCAGAUAAAGAUUAGUUACCCUAAUAUGAGUGACUCAGUGAAGCUUUCUUGAAAACCAAAUACAGGAGUCUAAUGAUUAUUAUUUGUAUAUCCUGUUUUAGUUUAUAAAGUGCAUUUGCAUAUGUGAAUUUUUUUUUUCUUCACAAUUCUGUAAAUUAGGAAAUGUUAAUUUUGUCUGACAUAAGUACUAAAAGCCGAAAGCUAAAAAUUAAAACAAGAGCUCAUUGCUGGGCUUUCAAACUCUCAAACCCGAAGUUUUUAUGUUCAGUGGUACUACACAAAGAAGGAUUUAAAAACACAGUUAUUUAGUCAGUUCAAUAAACUUUUUGUUGUUCCUCUUUAGGCUUUGCUAUCUAAUUUUCAUUAAGAUCCAAAUAAUAGACCAUAGAGAACUUUGUUAGUUGGAAGUUACAGCUAUAUUCUCAGACAGGAACUGGUGCGCAUCCACUGAAUUUAUUUAUUUUGUACCUAUGAAAUUCAAUAAAGAAUGGGAAUUAUAAAAGCCUAUAGGGGCAUGUUAAGUUAAAUAUCGGGACAGCACAUGUGCUAGCAGGAAGAAAGCUAUCUUUUCCAAACAGAAUGGUAUUCGAUAGUGAAAGUUACUUAAUUCUGAACUAUGUUUAAUUUAUCACAUUCUCAAAUCUGUUAUUAAAACCCACAUUAAUUUCCCAUUUCUUGUUCAAAGACUGUUCAAUUUAGUAUUGGAAUACCAUUUAUGGAAGAGUAAUAAUUGAUCAUAAUAAUUUCUUUAAUGCCUUUCCCUUGGUAUCACUUGAUCUGUAAAUCUUAAUCCAUUGAGUAGUUUUACAUGACCUAAAGUUCAUUCAGAACAGACACUACAAUUGGAGUUUGAGGCCAGAUUUUGCAAAUAACAUUUAUGUAUUAUAAUUUUGUUUGUCCUAUUUAAGCUUGAAAUUCUUAUCUUCCAGUUAGUAUGUAAUUGACUAAAUGAUAUUAACUCACAUUUAAUCUCUCUAUAAAGCUUAAUAGUGUUUAAUCAUGACCAAAGUCACUUAGUUCUCAGAUACUGUAACUCAGGUAAGAACGUCCUUAUCCCAGAUUAGUAAAAGUUUUCAGCCUAAAUUAUAUGACUUCCGCUGAACAUUAAUUAUGAGCCACUAUAAAAACAAUUUUUUUUUUUUUUUUCAGAAUUCCAUAGUUUAAAAAGCUGUUGUUUCUCUAUAGGCAAUUGUUACGUUAGGGAAGUGAUUCUAGAGGGAAAUAAACUGUCCAAAGAUAAGUCGUUAUUAUAAAGUGCUACAGGCAAAACUAGAAAAAAAAAGGCUCAAAUAUAGUUUGCUUUCAGAAUGUAACGUCCAAAAUCACAUACAUUAUAUAAUACUUUACCUUUGCCAAACCAUUUAAAUUGAAAAAUUUGUACGUGGUAUGUUAUACCUUCUAAUGUCACUUUUAAACCUGAUUCACUAUAUUAGAGAUACCCUUAAAAUCUGAUUACAUAUUUAACAAUCUCUAUUUAGGAUUCUUAAAAUUACUUUUCUCAGUUGAAGGGAAAGAUCCUAAUGUAAAAUUCCAUCUAAAGGAGCUUCAUUUUAUAGUAAUAUCUGAUGAAUAACAUGUUGCAUUUUGCUCACCACUGUGUUCCUCACAUUAGAUAGUCACAAGAAUAAGCCCAAUAGUCUUGUGUGUUUACUGUAAUUUCCUUUUGGACAUAAAGUAAUAUCCCUUGUCAGCAUGCAUGGUGAUUUGGGGAGAUUAGAUCUUGUAACCAUGGAGCUUGAUAAGUAUUCCCUUUCUUGCUAUUAUGAGAACCUCCCUGAGGUUACGUGGAGAGUGGGGUUAUUCUAAAUAAAGCAUGAUAUACUA